AUGAACAUGGGUCGUUCAAAGCAGUUGUUAAAUAAUUCAACAAUUACACCUUCCAAGCCUAGUGCUACUCCGGAAUCAAAGAACAAGCAUCCCGUCAACGGUAAAGUCACUCCAGUGAGAGGUGGAUCCAAGCGUCCAGUCCCUGUCGGCAGCGACGAGAGUGAUGCAGACGUUGACUUAGGUGUGUUGGGUGGCGAUGCUGGUGAAUCAAGGAUGUCACAUAAGAAAUUGAAGCUGGCGACUGAGAAGGAGAUGGAAUUAGAGGAAAAGGAUCUCGGCAGUGAAGAUGAAGAGGAUGACGAUGAGGAAGAGGAGGAGGACGACGACGAAGAAAAUGACGAUGAAGAAGAGGAAGACGACGACGAAGAGAAUGGAGAUGACGAUGAUGAUAGCGAGGAGGAAGAUGAUGACGAGGAUGAGUACGAAGAAUCCAGUGAAGAAGAGGAAGAAAGCCAUGACUGUUCAAACUUGAGUGCUGACAGAGGUAAAGUCAUCAACAACCUGGUCGGGUCAAAGGCUGUCCAAAAACCUGGUUCAUCGUUGAAAAGUGAGAAACUGACGGAAAAAAAGACAUCAAGUACACCAAGUAAAGCAGCUGAGGUGUCUGAGCCACAAAGCAGUACAUCAGGCAAAGUGAUCAUACUACAUGGGCCUGAUAACUUGAAUAAUUUGAAAGAAUUCCUCUCCAAAAUUAGCCAGGUGACCAGCAUAAACAGGAUCGAACCAGCACCCGUAAUGGCUACCAUCGCUAAUAUAAGCGUUUUCAAAAGUCGAUUAAAGUCAGGAAAGUUGAUGUUUCAAGGGAAAGAGCUCGAAGUAAUACCUGUAGAUAGAGUUGAAGACGCCAGUAAAGAAAUGCAACCCACCAAGACCUUGUUCGUAGGUGGAAUCCCAAAAACGUUGACAAUCGAACAACUAAAAAGUCACCUCCCUAACAACUGCCAACCGGUUUCUUCAAAAUUGCUGACUAAACACCCUAAAUUUAAUAGUGCAUUUAUGUCCUUCUCCUCUAUCGAUGCGGCUAAGCAAGUUCACCAGAUUUACAGUUCCUUAACUGUGGAAGGUCAACUGCUGAGAACUAACUUCGCAAAAGACCAACAACCUCGAGCUGGUCCUGAUGGCUCCGCAAAAGUCUCAAUUUCAAACUGGGAUGGUCAUCCGAAUCAGUUGCGUAAACUUUUCCCGACAUGUGUAGACGUUCAAUGCAAUCAAAAAAAACGAAAAGCAUUUCUUAAAUUUCCUUCCUUGGAAGUCCGAAAGGCCGCUGUCGCACAGCCAAAGUUCCAUGCCGGUAAAAAACUGAGACUGGCAUUAUCAGGCGGACCAGAGCUCAAGACUGCCAUAGUUUGGGGUUUUCCGGCUGAUGCAAAAGAAUCAGACAUUAAAGGAUUAUUUGGUGGAGUCGUUUCAGUGUCACGCGAUACAAACACUGGAAACCAACAUUCAUCGAUGACGGUCGAGUUUGAGACUGCCGCAGAUUGCAGCAAUGCAAUUUCCUCAAACGCAACUCUAAAAGGUCACCGCGUUACAAUAUUUCCAAAAGAUGUCUAUGUCGAUGAUAAUGCUAACGAUCAACAAAAACAGUCUGAUCCACAUGCGAAUAAAGCUAAACCUGUAGAAGUAGGUGCUUCGAAGGUCAAGGCUGGUCAGAAAGUUUCAAAGGCAGAGGAAGUGAAAAACGCAGACGACAGUGAGGAUGAGAAUGACGAUGAAGAGGACGAAGAUACUAGUGAAGACUGCGAUGACAGUGACGAAGACGAUGAAAGUGAAGAUGGAAGUGAGGAAGAAGACGUUAGUGAAGAUGAAAGUGAUGAGGACGUUGACAUGAUCUCACCUAAAGGCAAGGAGAAAAAACAGCUUCCUGACUCACGAGACAAAAAAACUGGUGGACUUCCAAAAACAGACAACCGUUCAAGAGAUCAAAGCAACUUCAAAGCGCAGCACAAAUUCGGUGAUCAUAAAAACAAUUCGUUUCGUGGUCGUGGUGGUCGAUCUCGCGGCCGGGGUGGUCAGUCACCUCAUGGUCGCGGCGGCCAGUUUUUCCGUGGCCGUGGUAGUAACCGUGGGGGGUGGCCUAAACGCGGUGGUUCCGGAUAA